GGCUAUGUAGAAUUGUUAAUGUUUUGUUGUGUGCUUUGAUUGAAAUGUCAUAAUGCAAACGUUAAUUUAAAGGAAAUUAUGGAUAGAAUAUGAAAUUUUAUAGUUGUACGUCGUAAAGCUGUUUUUUGUAAUAGUUUUGUAAUCGGUGUUUAUUUUAUGAAUUGUUUAAAUAGUAAUGUAAAGUCAUAACCGUGAAUCAUGUACAACAAAUACAUGUUUAAUAACAUAUUCCAAUGAUAUUUUAUACAAGAACUUUUAUUAAAUUUUAUUAUUUAUUACUGCAACUACGAUUGAAAGUUGUGUAAAGACAGCAAUGAUGGAAACUUCACGAACUUUGUACCUUAACCUCUUCAGUGAGGAUAAAAUUCAUGUUCUCAAAGAAUUGCUACAUGCUUGUGUGGACGAAAUAUGUGGAAGACCAGGACCAUCUUAUCAUAAGUUUGCGAACAGCAUGGAUUGGAAUAAGGGAGAAUAUGAAGAAACAUAUAAAUUGAUAUCUAUGCUUUUAAAAAAUCCAGCUUCCUUGUAUUUAACAGAAGAAAAGAUGCCUCAAGAGUAUCAUGAGCUUCCAGAGCAUGUACAACAGAAUAUAUUAACUUGUUUGAAAGUGAGAAGGGAACAAUUAACUGAUGCUUUGUUAAAAGAAUAUUCUAAAGAGAAAGGUGAAACAGUAACUGAUUUUGAUUGGAGAUUGAAGCUUGUUAUGGGUUCCAGUAAAUUAGCUUCCUUAAGAGAACCGCUUCUUCAGUUGGAUCUCGUCGUCGAAAAUAAUGAUUCGAAACGUAUCUUAGGUUUGGAAUUAAAUAAAGAUGAGUUGGAUAUGUUUAUAAAUGCAAUGGAAAGCAUAGUGCAAUAAGUUUUAUGUAAAUGCAAUAUUGUAAAUAAAAUAACGAAUUAUUCUUUUUCACUACCGUUAGACGAUUGUAAUAGGAUUUUAAGAUGAAAUAAAAACACACGAUCGUACACGUGUUUCACAGUUUAUUAUAGGUUAUAGAUAAAUGUAGAAUAGUUUAAUUACUAUUAUAACUGCUCAUCGAAGAUACUGAAGACUGUUGGUCUGUGUCUGAGGCGUGUUCGACUCGGAUGUCUCGUUUACAAUUUUGUAUUAUCCGACGAAGCAAAAUA